AUGGCUGCGGCCGUGCGGGACUCACGUGGGAGUGCGGGGAAGAAGCUGAAAAAUUCUCUGAAGAAGAAGAAGAAGAUGAAAACGGCAGCCAGGGCGGUCGCCUCGGAGCUGGAAGACGGAGACACGGACGCUGCGGGCGCGGGAGGAAGGUGCAGAUCAGAAACAGGUCACCCUUCCGAGGAUGAAGCAGCAGAGGCCGACAAUGAAGAAGAAGUGGAUCCGUGUGACAGGGACAGUGAGAAUGCCGUGGGGGCCAGCGUGGGGACCAGUGCCGGCUGGGCAGACGCCAUGGCUAGAAUCCUGAGCAAAAAGACCCCCGGAAGUAAACCCACCAUUCUGGUCAAAAACAAAGAGCUGGAAAAGGAAAAGGAAAAGUUGAAGCAGGAGAGACUAGAGAAGAGAAAGCAGCUUGAUAAGAAGCGGGAAUGGGAAAUGAUGUGCAGAGUCAAGCCAGACGUUGUCCAAGACAAAGAAACAGAGAGGAAUCUUCAGAGAAUUGCCACGAGGGGCGUGGUGCAGCUGUUCAAUGCCGUGCAGAAGCAUCAGAAGAAUGUUGACGAGAAGGUGAAGGAAGCUGGAAGCUCCAUUCGCAAGCGCGCCAAGUUGAUGUCCACAGUCUCCAAGAGAGAUUUCAUCAGCGUCCUGAGAGGGCUGGAGGGCAGCGCCAGCGAGAAGAGCUCAGCCGGAAGGAGCCCCAAAGCCGCGCAGGCUGAAGCCAGUGAGGAGGGUCCGGGAUGGACCAUCCUUCGCGACGACUUCAUGAUGGGCGCGUCCAUGAAGGACUGGGACCGAGCGAGCGACAGGCCGGACAGCAGCCCGCCAGCGUCGGGCAGUGAGUCCGACGCCCAGAGCUAGGCCCGCGGGCAGCACCGCGCGCUGCUCCCGAGAAGCUUGUGCUCCACCCUGGGGACUGGUCGGGACCACGGCUGGGGAAGCCGCAGCCACGGACUGUUUUCCACCGCGAGGUCGCCCUGUUCGCGUCAGCUUGCACACGUACGUGUUCAAACUUUGUAUAACUUUAAGCAUUGUUCCUCAAAACAUUAGUAAGAAGAAAGUUGUUUACUCGUCCAGCGAGAUGCUGAUUUGCCACGAUCGUUGGUUUAGUGUUGGUCAUGGGUAUUGGUUUUGUUUAGUGUGACCAGUGUCCUUCAUGCUUAAAAUGAACUCCUUGAAGUUAAUAUGGUUCAGUGGACAGACCGUGUAUGAUUCACAGUUUUGGGGGGCAGGGUUGGUGUUUGUUUUGGUGAGCUACUGGAAACUUAUGUUGGAAAAUUAAAAAUCACAGUGUUAACUAUUUUGAGUGAUUUUAUUGCUUUAAAUAUUCUGGCAAAAGUGAUAGAAGAAAUGUAUCAAAUCCUUAUUUAUAUUACUUCCUUUUAUAUGCUAAGUAAUAAAUAUAAACGACGACUGAAGAUAUUUCGAGUGUUGGUUGUUUUUGCUCUCGUGUUUCACUUCUGCGACAGGCGUGUUCUUAGCAAGCACAUCUGACGCGCCCUCGUCCUCCGUCUCUGGACUGAGUUACGUCCCUUCCCUCCCACGUCGACUGAGCGGGGCAGGGGGGGCGGGGGGCUGUCCCCGGUGGUCUGCACCAGAACGCAGUGUCUGAUUUGAGGCUCGGUUCCCUGCUGUUGCCGUGAGGAUGACGAAAUUCCGUGACAGCCCGUGUCCUGCCGUCAGGUCGAGAAGACAGAGGCCGUGUGUCACUCCGUCAUCUCUGAGGCUGCACCCCGAGCCGGGGUAGGGAGCUGCUGGUAGGC